AUGACAAGUGUGAAGGACGCCGUCAAGGAGACCUUGGUCGGCAGCUCGGAGGACCCUCAGCUGUCAACCCAAGCCCGCUUCAACUUCAUCCGUCAUGCACAGAAGGAUGAGAACGGCGAACACUUCAUGACCGAGGAGGACUUUGUCAAUGCAGUUGCCCCCAAGCAUGAGGACUAUCACAAAAUCAAGCGCGAGCAGUACGGAAUCCUAUUUCAAGUCGCAGACCGACGGAAAACCGGCAAGCUUACCUUGUCCGACUGGGCGACUUUCGAGAACCUCCUCACAAAGCCCGAUGCGGAGUACGAGAUCGCGUUCCGCCUGUUCGACCUCGAUGGCUCGGGAACCGUCAAGAUUGACACCGUGAAGGGACUUUACAACUCGACCAAGAGCCCCGAGAGUAUCCCUUUCGACUGGAGCUCAGAUUGGGCCUCGCUGUACGCCGGUCGCACCAAGUCUCGCCAUGACAUGACCUACCCACAAUUCUGCCAAAUGCUGCGCGGACUGCAGGGCGAGCGCAUCCGUCAAGCUUUCCACGUUUUGGACAAGGAUGGUGAUGGCUAUAUCGAGCCCGAGGAUUUCCAGCGCAUUAUUUUGGAGACCUCGAAGCACAAGCUGUCCGACCAUGUCCUGGACAACUUGCCCACCCUUUGCAACAUUGCGAACACCAACAAGAUCUCUUACGCUACCGUCCGUGCUUUCCAGAAUAUCAUGCGCGAGAUGGACAUCAUCGACUUGAUCGUGCGCGAGGCCACCAAGAAGAGCAGCGAUGGUAAGAUCACUCGCUCUGACUUCCUGGACGAGGCCACCCGAGUCACUCGUUUCUCCCAAUUUACUCCCAUGGAGGCCGACAUUCUGUUCCACUUUGCUGGUCUGGAUGCUCCUUCCGGACGUCUCGCCCAGAAGGACUUCGCAAAGGUCAUUGACGCUUCAUGGCGGGUUCCCGUUGCCCUUGCCGGCCAGGCUGUGGCGGGUGUUCAGGAGAAGACCGCGUCUGCUCUUCAUAGUGUGCUGGAAUCGGUGCAUCACUUCGCUCUUGGCAGUAUUGCUGGUGCUUUUGGUGCCUUUAUGGUAUACCCCAUCGAUCUGGUCAAGACUCGUAUGCAGAACCAGCGAUCCAGCCGCCCAGGUGAGAUGCUUUAUAAUAACUCCUUGGACUGCGCCAAGAAGGUCAUCCGAUAUGAGGGUUUCACCGGUCUGUACUCCGGUGUCAUCCCGCAGCUGAUCGGUGUGGCACCUGAGAAGGCUAUCAAGCUCACAGUCAACGAUCUGGUUCGUGGAACUUUCACUGAUAAAGACACUGGCAAGAUCAAGUAUGCUCACGAAAUUCUUGCUGGUGGUACUGCUGGUGCUUGUCAAGUCGUUUUCACAAAUCCUCUAGAGAUCGUCAAGAUUCGCCUACAGGUCCAGGGUGAGAUUGCUAAAAACGUGGAAGGUGCUCCUCGCCGCUCCGCCCUUUGGAUCGUGAAGAACCUUGGUCUUAUGGGCUUGUACAAGGGUGCCAGUGCCUGUCUCCUGCGUGAUGUUCCCUUCUCUGCCAUCUACUUCCCUACAUACGCUCAUUUGAAGAGUGACAUUUUCGGCGAAACCGCCACCAACAAGCUCGGUGUCGUCCAGCUUCUGACUGCCGGUGCCAUCGCUGGUAUGCCCGCAGCCUACCUCACCACUCCUUGCGACGUGAUCAAGACCCGUCUGCAGGUCGAGGCUCGCAAGGGCGAUACCAAGUACACUGGUCUCCGUCACUGUGCCGCCACUGUGUGGAAGGAGGAGGGUCUCAAGGCCUUCUUCAAGGGUGGCCCUGCCCGUAUUCUGCGAUCCUCGCCUCAAUUCGGUUUCACUUUGGCCGCCUAUGAAGUUCUUCAGAAGGCCCUUCCCAUGCCCGGCUCGCAUGAGGAAGAGACCGCUAGCGGCUACGUCGAGCCCGGUGUUGGUCUGACUCAGGCCAAGGCUCCCCUUCCCUACCUUCGAUCAAGGAAUGCCCUCAAGCUCAUCCUUGACCUGGAUCAAAACAUCGGCCGAGUGCAGGUCCCUCGCGCGGAAAACUGGCCCAAGUUCCUCCAAGGAGGUUCCAGGCAGCAGUGA